ACUUCAAUUAAUGAACUGUCCGUUUUUGUGAUUCUAAUUUUCGUAGCCUCUGAUUUGGUGAGAGGCAAGCGUCGAAAAACGAGAAACAAGGCUGGUUUAAAUUUGAAUUUGGAGACAAGCUUCUAAGCCAGAGGUCAAGCAGCUGAAUUCGGAGCUGCAAUCGCUGCCAGCAACUGAUUUCUGAUUUCAUUGUGUUUAUCAUUACCGUAUUUUGUUUCUAGGGAGCAGACAUGGGUCAGUCUGAGCUUUGUUGGACUGCCAAUGCUUUCCUUUUUCUCUUAUUUCUACCUGGAAUCCUCGGCUGGGGAAGGGAAGGUCACUAUAUGAUUUGCAAGAUAGCAGAGAAAUAUUUGACUGAAGAUGCUCUAUCAAUGGUCAAAGAAUUGCUUCCAUCUUAUGCUGAGGGCGAUCUUGCAGCUGUAUGCUCCUGGGCUGAUGAACUUCGAGCACAUCCUGAUUAUCACUGGAGUGGCGCCUUACACUAUGUUGACACGCCAGAUUUCUUUUGUAAUUAUAAAUGCUCGAGAGACUGUCAUGACAAUUAUAGACACAAAGGUAGAUGUGUGACAGCAGCAAUUUACAACUACACUAUGCAACUCGAAUCAGCUUACAAGGAAAUAACUUCAGAAAUUAAAUAUAACUUAACAGAGGCUCUUAUGUUCUUGUCCCAUUUUAUCGGAGACGUUCAUCAGCCCCUUCAUGUCGGUUUUGUCGGAGAUAUAGGAGGUAAUUUAAUAAAAGUCAGUUGGUACCGAAGAAGGACCAAUCUCCAUCAUGUCUGGGAUACCAUGAUCAUUGAUUCUGCCUUGAAGAGAUUCUACCAUUCAAAUCUUUUGCUCAUGAUUCAAGCCAUUCAAAACAACAUUUCGGAUGAAUGGCAUAAUGAGGUCUCAGCUUGGAGAAAUUGCACAGUGAACCAAACAACUUGUCCAAACCCGUAUGCUUCUGAAAGUGUUAGCAUGGCAUGUAAAUAUGCAUACAAGAACGCCACUCCAGGAAGCGUACUAGAAGACAGUUAUUUUCUUAGCCGGUUACCAGUCAUAGAGAAGAGGUUAGCACAAGGUGGCAUUAGAUUGGCUUCUACCCUCAAUCGUAUCUUUGCUUCUGAAGGGAAAGUGGCUGAAAUUUGAAGACAAUGACUAGGAGAGAUCAGAUCAAUUUCCAUAAGAUAGAUGUCAAAAUGGUUUCUCACAUGAAUUGAUUUGUGCUCUUGUCUUUUGUCUUCGUAUUAAUAUACUUGCUAUUGCUCCAAAAGAACCCUAAAUGUGGAAACUCAUUUAGUAAAAGAACAAGAUAUUCAUAAAUAAACCAGGUCAUUUGAUAUAAAAUCCUAACAUAUAGUACUUAUAGUAUAGACUAAAGUGAUUAGAUCAUUGAGCCAUUCAUUUUUACCUUGUCUUAUGAAAGAAAAAAAACCUCGAAUUGAGGUGGUUAAUGGGGAACUUGUAGCUUAUGGUGUUUCCUUCCC